AAUUUCUAAUAAAAUUGUUCGGUGGAAUUCGAUUAGCGUCGGAAAUACCUAUUUCUCGUGACCAAAUAAACAGUGCAGCCAAAUAUUUGUUCAUAUGUUAUUCGUUGAUAAUUUUUCCAUUGCUUUCAAUUCUUAACUAGGUCAGUUACAGAACAGGUAAAAUUCAGAUAUCAAAUUUGAAUCGAAACAUUAAGCAGAGAAACAUUAUGAGAGUAACAAUUCAAACUAUUUACCUCGUCGCUUUGUUUACUUGGGGUGGUUGCCUCUUAAAUUAUCCGGUUAUCGAUUAUAAAGUCGAGAAAUUACCAUCCCCACGAUCAACCGUUGGUGAAGUACCGCAUUGGAAUCCAAAAACUCGUAGUUUAUAUUAUAUCAACAUUCACGACUACAAUUCAUCACUCCACCGUUACGAUUACAUUGAGAAUCGAGUCUAUACUGCCACCAUUGACGGUGCCCGAACGCUGCUAUUCCUUUUACCGAUCAAAUGUACGACAGAUCAAUUUUUAAUUGGCAUUGAUCGAACUGCUGUAAUUGCUCAAUGGGAUGGACGAUCUCCGACAGUUACGAUCAAUCAAGCACUAUUUGAAUUGGAUUGUGGAACAUCGAACGUUAUCAACGACAUCAAAACAGACCAACUUGGCAGAUUCUAUGGUGGAACCAAAUGCGUUGAAUCGUGCGAUACAAAUCAGCGAGCAACUGGCGCUUUUUAUGGCUACGAAAAAGGGAAAUGUCUGAGAAAGUUUUUUGAAAAUGUGUUCAUUUCGAACGGAUUGACUUGGGUACGCCAUACAAAGAAAUUUUAUUACGUUGACUCGUGCACUUAUGAUAUCAAAGAGUUUGAUUACAACCCUUGGACAGGCGACAUAUCAAAUGAGCACCAACUCAUUUCGCUUGUACAAAAUGGGGUGAAACCUAAUUACGUUUUGGAUGGAAUGACCAAUGACCGGAAUGGAAAUCUAUACGUUGCUACUUUCGGUGGCAGUAAAAUCAUUAAAAUCAAUCCUAGAACGAGGCAGAUUCUAAUGGAAAUCGUGCUGCCAGCUACACAGAUCACAUCAGUUGCAUUCGGCGGACCAAAUUUAGACAUUUUAUACGUUACCACAGCAAAUAAAGACGGAAAACAACCGGAAGGAUCUGGAUAUUUAUACAAAGUCACUGGACUGCAGGCUAGGGGAUAUGCGGGCGUUGACCUGAAUCUGUACGAUUCAUGUCUGUGGAGGACAAUGCGAAAUAACGAACAUUGUAAUCCGUUCUGUAGCAAAUAGAAGAUUAAAAA